AUGGUCACAACCCGGAAUAGAAGCAGGAACCCAUCCCUCACACAGGUGGAAAUGGAGCUCCCUCAACCCACAAGACCCCGCCGCGCUCGGCAGACCAAACCAAAGCCAGUCAUCGUUCAGGACGCGGAGGAGUCAGAGACAGUUGAAAGUUCGUCCCCUACGUCCUCACCCGAGUCAAGGAGUCCACCAUCAGAACCCGAGGAGCCUCUGUCGCCAGUGGAAGUCCCCAGGAAGUCGCCACUGAACGUGUCCGUGUCGUCAAAGAAGUCAGAACAGUACGACGAGGAGGAGAACGAGGAAGAAGACGGACACGAGGAGGAAGAGGCGCAGGCAGUUCCCGGUGACGAGCAACAGUCAGAGUCAGCGGAGUCAGAGGAUGAAUCAGAGGAGGAGGACGACGAUGAUGAUUAUGAAGAUUUGGACGCACUUUUGGUCAAAGCUCAGGCAUCGCUGAAGAGGAAGGCCACAUUUGAAGAGAAGAGCAACGAGCCCAUGUUCAACUUUCCCAAGCUCCAGACGGGAUUGAAGGACAAGAACGUGUACAUCACGCAGGAGAACGGACGAGCCAAGGUCGCUGUGGACAAUGUCAUCGUUGUUGACAAGGGCAGCAAGACUGGAAAUAAGGCUGCCCUUGAGACCUGCGAGGUCAACAUGAACGCCGAGAAGGUGCACGUCAGUAAGCGUCAGAAGCAAGAGGAGAGAGAGAAGACGACAGGGAAAAAGUGGUUUGAUAUGCCACAGCAGGUGUUGACACCUGAGUUGAGACGGGACUUGCAGAUUUUGAGACUGAGGAAUGUGUUAGACCCUAAACGGUUCUACAAGCGUGCGGAGAAGGGCAAGCCCAGGUUCCCAAAGUACUUCCAGGUGGGCACCAUUAUCGAGGGCAAUACCGAGUUCUACUCUUCUCGUUUGAGCAAGAAGGAGCGUGCAACGACCAUUACGGGCGAGGUGAUGAAGGAUAUUGCUGGACGGGAUUACUACAAGCGCAAGUUUGAUGAGAUUCAAGUGGUCAAGCAGUCUGGUGGUAAAAAGUUCAACAAGAAGGGCAAGGGCAAGCAGAGCAAGUCCUGGCGCAAGUAG